CACACACACACACACUCACUCACAUGCGGCGUUCGGCGCUCAGCAUCACGCAUGAGGAAGGCUGGUGAUAACGGAACCUGUUACGCGCUGCACAUGUGAUGACAGGCGGCCGCGCCGAGUCCCCCCUCCUCCUCCUCCUCCUCCACGGGUUAAUUAGCGGGGCGAGCCUCUCGCCGGGCGUCUUAAUGAGGAUAUUGCGGCAAUGGUAAAGGACAAGGCCCAAAACCGGACGCUCCAGUAUCAGCAAACUUUGAUGUAUGGGCGGUACACCCAGGACCUGGGUGUUUAUGCCAAGGAGGAAGCAGCCCGCCUGCGGGAUGGAGCAGUACGGGAUGGCGGAGGACUGCGGAGGAACACCAGCGUUCGCACUCGUGCCGCGGAUCUGCUGGAGUAUGAGAAAGACCGUUGUGCAAAGUGCCAGCUGUGCGCAUCUCGGUGCCAGAAGUUCCUGAUCUCUCGUGUGGGGGAGGACUGGAUCUUCCUCAUUCUGCUGGGGCUGCUCAUGGCUCUGGUCAGCUGGGUCAUGGACUACGCCAUCGCCUUCUGCCAAGAAGCACAGAAGUGGAUGUAUGGUGGACUGGACAGUAACAUGCUUCUGCAAUACAUCGCCUGGGUCACCUACCCUGUAGUGCUCAUCACGUUCUCAGCGGGAUUCACACAGAUACUGUCGCCUCAGGCUGUGGGUUCAGGUAUUCCUGAGAUGAAGACGAUACUGCGGGGGGUGGUCCUGAAGGAGUACCUGACUUUUAAAACAUUUGUGGCCAAAGUUAUAGGCCUCACCUGUGCCCUGGGCAGCGGGAUGCCCCUGGGGAAGGAGGGACCCUUUGUUCAUGUCGCCAGCCUCUGCGCUGCUCUGCUGAGCAAAUUCAUGGCUGCUGUUUUCGGUGGGAUUGACAUGGUGAGAAUGGAAGAGGCCUUUGAGGGAAGCAAGAACGAGUUGAGGAACACAGAGAUGCUGUCGGCUGCCUGUGCAGUGGGUGUGGGCUGCUGCUUCGCUGCCCCAAUUGGAGGGGUGCUGUUCAGUAUUGAGGUAACGUCAACGUUUUUUGCGGUGAGGAACUACUGGAGGGGCUUCUUUGCUGCCACCUUCAGUGCCUUCAUAUUUAGAGUGCUGGCAGUAUGGAACCAGGAGGAAGAGACCAUCACCGCUCUCUUCAAGACCCGAUUCCGCCUGGACUUCCCGUUUGACCUUCAGGAGCUGCCGGCGUUCGCCAUCCUCGGGAUUGCCUGUGGCUUUGGCGGCGCUCUCUUUGUCUACCUUAACCGCCUGAUUGUAGAGUGCAUGAGGAAACAGAAGACUAUUAACAAGUUCUUGCUGAGGAAUCCCUCUCUUCCUGUCAGGCGUCUGGUGUAUCCUGCACUCGUCACCCUGCUCAUCUCCACACUCACGUUCCCUCCGGGCUUUGGGCAGUUCAUGGCUGGACAGCUGACGCAGCAUGAGUCUUUGGUCACGCUGUUCGACAACCGCACAUGGUGCCGUCAGGGUGUGGCCGAGGAGUUCAACUACAUCAGCCACCACCACGCCUGGAAACACCCCCAGGUCAACGUCUUCAUCACGCUCAUCCUCUUCAUCCUCAUGAAGUUCUGGAUGUCUGCUGUGGCCACCACAAUGCCCGUGCCGUGUGGGGCCUUCAUGCCAGUUUUCCUUAUUGGUGCAGCAUUCGGUAGACUUGUUGGAGAGAUCAUGGCAGCCAUGUUUCCUGAUGGCAUACAUGCUGACGGCAGUGUCUAUCACAUAGUUCCUGGUGGUUAUGCUGUGGUUGGUGCUGCAGCGUUGUCUGGAGCCGUCACCCACACUGUGUCCACAGCGGUCAUCGUGUUUGAGCUGACCGGUCAGAUCUCCCACAUCCUGCCUGUGAUGAUCGCCGUCAUUCUGGCCAAUGCCGUGGCCCAGUCUCUGCAGCCAUCUCUUUACGACUCCAUCAUCCGCAUCAAGAAACUUCCUUAUCUGCCCGAGCUGGGCAUGGGACAUCACGAGAAGUAUAAUAUCCGCGUGGAGGACAUCAUGGUCAGGGACGUGCGCUACAUCACUCUCACCUCUUCCUAUCGGGACCUGCAGGAGAUGCUGCUGACGGCUCAACUCAAAACUCUGGCCCUGGUUGAAUCCAGAGACUCCAUGAUCCUGCUGGGCUCCAUCGAGCGAUUGCAGCUCCAGUCUCUGCUCUCUCUUCAGCUGGGACGCCAGCGGAGGCUGGAGUACCUCCACCAGCUGGCCCAGGACAACGGCACCCACGAACACCUGCCCAGCCUGACAACUGACAGCACCCCCAGCUCACCCUGCGCCCACACCCACGUCAACUCCUCGGCCAGCGCUCGCCAAGGGGUCCGCUUCCUGGUGAGCACCCAACAGAUCUCCACAGAGGAGUCGUCCUCCUUCAGCCCAGUGGCUUCCAACAUUCAGCUUCCUCUGAAAUCUGCCCUGAAAAUGGUGUCUGCCAUCAGUGACACAGAGACGCAAAAUAGCUCUCAGACGCUUUCCUGUGCGGACCAAGACAAGGAGCUGCUGGAGAGCCCGGCAGGACCGGCUCCUCAUGAAAUGAUGAAGCCCAAUCCCAAACGAGUGAGGAUCUCCAUGGCGGAUACUACUGAAGUGGAAGAUUGUAUGACUCCAUCAGACAUAGCAGAAUGGGAGGAGCAGCAGCUUGAUGAACCGGUGGAUUUCAAAAACUGCAAGAUUGACCCUGCGCCCUUCCAGCUGGUGGAGCAAACAUCUCUGCAUAAGACUCACACCAUCUUCUCUCUGCUGGGUCUGGAUCACGCCUAUGUGACCAGCAUGGGACGCCUGGUGGGAGUGGUCUCUCUCAAAGAGUUGCGUAAGGCCAUCGAGGGCUCAGUGACAGUGACUGGGGUGAAAGUGCGCCCCCCGCUGGCCAGUUUCCGUGACAGCGGCAACAGCACAAACGUAUCCGAGGUGACUGAACUACACAAGCUGUGUAUCCGCCACAGGGGGCUCUCGUUGCCCCGGGAACCCAACCCUCCAGAUGUGGAGGAGCAGCCCGAUCUCCCCUACAAGGAGAUCCCCGUCAACUUCUCGGACCAAACCAGUUUGCAGUUUGAAACCAGCCCCGGAGACAUUAUGACUCAGUCGUUGGAGCUGGUGCUCCAGGAAAGUCCCUCAUUCACCGAGGACCAAUCAGAGUUAACUUUUGACUGCAGUCCCUCCCACACUGAGGAAUCAGAGCUGGCCUGUGACUAUGACCCCCCCACCCAAACUCCUGAGCAGGACGAAACCGAGCAACAAAAGGGCACACCAUCUCUGGACAAGGACCAAUCAGAACCUGAGGGAGAUAGUAGCCCUGCCUACAUUGAGGAUCGAUCAGAAUGAUGAGAUCCGUCCUGUCGUCUCAUGAAUGUUGACGUUUCUUACAUUUGUAGAGGUCUCACUCGCCUCCAAGUCCAGCCUAGAUACCCGAGUUUCUAAUGUUGUGGUGUGAAUGCGUGAGCGAGUGUGACCAUGAGUAGUUAAUGUUUCAAACAGAUUAAUUUGCCUUUUUCAAGGAUGAAUGUAACGUUAUUCUAUAUUUUUUUCUGUCAACAAAUCCUUUGAAAAGAUCAAAAGCAGCAAUGGGGUUGUCUGUCUUAACACUUCCAGCCUCAUUCGUGUGAAGACAUGAAUCUUUAAAUGGGCACUCUAAUGAUUUUAAACCUUGUCAUGUCACUUGAGUCAGACCUGACUGGGUCUGUGAAAGUGAAGCCAAUGUGGAGGUGCUGAAAACCUGAAUUCUCUCAAACGCCCAGCAGAGGGCGACUCCACUGCUUUAUGGUCUCAAUCGCUAGUUUCAAGUCUUCUUCAAUACAGCAUGAUGUUCAUGUCAUAAAUUAUGGUCUCAUUCAGAGUAAAAUGGUAAAGAAAGCACGGUAUGCAUUGGGCCGUGGAUACAGCAUGAUUGACAGCGAGUAUCGUCCAAAGGUCGCAGGUGUAGGUGGACGUGCAGUGUCCUCGAGCUCUGUCAGGCCCCAAAAUAUGGUUCUUUCUGGUUUCAAAAACCAAGAUGGCUCUGGUCAAAAUGAUGAACUCGAGGCGUCAAAACAGCAGUUCACGAAUCAAUGGGUGACGUGACGGUGGGCUGCCUCUUGGUUUGUGGACUACAAGUUUGUAAAUGAAAACAAUUGAAUCAGGAGCCCACUUUUCAUUGCUUGAAUCCAGCAGCUCAAGGCUUGUUUUUGUGGGAUCUGACUCCACAUAAAACACAGUGCCAGUGCCGUGUUUCUGUCUUUUCAUAGGACUUGAUGACGAUAAGAAAUAUUGAAUAUUCCAAGUGUGUGUGUGCGCGUGUGUAAGAGUGAGAGAGACUUUUUGACAUCUUCCACGCCAUGCAUCAAAUCUGCUCCAGACUCAUUCAAGUCCAAACAAACAUCCUUCAAACAUGACGUCAGACAAUUACAAGGAGAGAAAUAAGUCACAUGCAAAUAAUGAGGGCGAAGAACAAAAGGAACAAAUUGUAGAGAAAAAGCACAGAGGAACAAAGACACAGGAACUAAUUCUAAUGAGCACACGAUGGUAUGAGUUCAAACAACUACCUAUCUAUUCACUAGCACUGGACUAAUACACCGCCACAGAAUUGUUGGCUAAUGUAAAGAUGUAUCGGGGUUGGUUUCAUGAGGUUAUACAGUAAAAACUCCAAGGUUUGCAACACUCUGCAGUGACAUGUCUCAGCAUCAAUAGUUUUAUUUUUAUUUUAUUUAUUUUUUCAACUGUCAAAUAUAUAUAUCUAUAUAUCAGCCCCAAAAUCCACGAUCAGUCGAGAUCUAUUCACAUGGUGACAGGCAGCUUCCGAAAGUCCACCAAGCUCAGUUCAGGACUCCAAAUAAAUAAAUAAAUAAAGGUGAAACACAUUGUAAGUACCAUGAAUAUAAUUUACUGCACAAGUAGCCUUGUUUGUCUUUGGAGGGGCCGGCUCGUCACUCGUCUGAACUGCCUCUACAUCUUCUGCUAUGUGAAUGUACCGUGUUUCAACGUGGUUCUAGCAUGAUGAAGGACCAACUGUUUGAGUUCCACAUGACAGGAAGCUACUGGCUGUUGUACAGAGCACACACACGCACACACACUUAUAUGCACACAUGUACCGUAUGCGGCCUGUAGAUAUUUACGCCAUGAUAUGUUUUGCACAUCUGAUUCAGCCUGGCCUCAAAUGCCGUGUUGAAUAUAUUAAGCACAGUGAUAACCCACAAGGUCCAAAAGCUGUUGUAGAGCCGAGUGUGUGCGUGUGCGCGCGCGCGAGUCCUUGUUACGAACUUCAAAGUGUUUUAGCUUCAUGCAAUGAUUUUGAGCCAUAUUUUAGAUCCUACAGCGUGCAGCACACCAACUCGGGCUCCUUUCUUGUCUGUGUAAAAACAUUUGUGUGAGCAUUUAUUGACGUCUUACCUUUUUGUUUUGCAUAUAGAAUGUGAAGUAGUGCUCGUCAUAUAAGACAAUGUAUAAGGAUGUAAAUGUAGAGCGUGUGUAAGCUAAUUUGCAGCGUAUCUAGUUAAGCAAUAAGUCUCUAGUAUCUCCCUUUAUAUGGCAUUGGCCUGUAUUUGCUUUGUACAUAUGAAAAUACACGGAUGAGAUCUACGCACGGAGGAGAAUUAUGCAUUUAAAAUCCAACAACCAUUGUUAUUUUUCAGAGACCAUUAUUUUGUUUUUGUACAUGAGUGAAUGAUUAAAUUGGAAGAAAAACACCUUUAAGAGAUGAGCUGA